UCCCUGAACACAAGCCACGAUGCCGUACGAGGCUGCUGUAUCUGCCAAGUGGACAGGCCAUCUCACCUUGCCUGUAACAUAUGUUACAUAUCCGUGGAUUUGAUCUCAUUCAAUAUAAUUAGACUCUACGUUGUUGGUAUAUAAUAGGUGCCUAUCUGCUGUGGACGGUCAAAUUUCUCGUGGCCGAGACUUCACGUUAUUACGAUAAUUAAUUAAUGUUUUUUUCUUUUGAUACACGGAACAGAUGCCUUUUUCCGAGAACGGUAUCCCUUUAAUCGGCGUCGUUACGCCUUUCUUGGCCCUUGCGUUUUUGACUGUUGGCUUACGACUCCACGUUCGUAUGACUUUGUUAAGGAAUCCGGGAGUUGACGAUUGGCUAUGCCUUGGUGCGGCAUUAUGCUCAUUGGGGACGUACUUGGCGAAUGUGGUUGGGAUAGCAGUAGGCUUCGGUAACCCUUUACCAAGCAUGACUCCCGAAGAACAAGACGUAGCGUUGAAGACACUAUGGAUCUCGCCACCCCUCUGGGGCCUCUCAUCCUCCUUGGUCAAAAUAUCCAUCGUGACAUCUUACCUCCGCAUCUGGUCGGGCAAGCGUUUCAAGCUGCUCUGCCACGUCUCGAUAUGCGUAAUCUCCAUAUUCGGCACAACGCUCUUCCUCGGCGGGAUAUUCGCCUGCGUGCCCGUUUCUUUAUCCUGGGCACCACCGCUCGGCCCGGACCCCCGGCACCACUGCAUGGAUCUCCCGCUCUUCAUGUUCGCCACUUCGGUCCUGAACACGGCUAUAGACCUAGCCGUCCUCGCUAUUCCCAUCCCCCUAUUUCGCAAGCUGCGCAUCGCGCCGAAGCAGCGCGCCGCGCUCACGGCCGUCUUCACCGUCGGCGUCGUCGUCUGUAUCGCCUCUGUCAUGCGGCUCGUCACUUUGCGGCAGUUGAGCAGCCGCGCGGAGGAGGACCCGUCUGUUAGCGGUCUUCCGUUGGGGAUUUGGUCGGGCGUCGAGCUCGACUUGGGCGUUAUCUGUGCGUGUCUGCCCACGCUGCGUCCGAUGCUCGCCCGUGCGUUUCCGCGCCUGCUGGGCUCUGCGGCUGAUUCUGAGCUGAGCAGCUGGCGGGGGACGCGGCGGGUUACUCGCGACGGGAACGGGUCGUAUCGUAUGCGCGAGUUACGUUCUAACGACGAAGAUGACAAGUUGAGGGAUGGCGACGUGGAAAUGAGAAUGAUUAAGGGGACUUCGGGAUUCCCGCGCGCCCCGGCGCCGUUGCAUCUAGACAAGUCUAGCAAGUCGUAUAUGGAUUUCGACUAGGUAAUAGAUAAUCUAAUUAAAUUCGUUCAUAUCCCAAACCGUCUAUAGACAGACUUAAUGAC